AACAGACUUGCAUGGCACCUAUUUGACUCAAAGGAUAUCAUCAGGUUGGAUAUCACAACCUGUACGUGGCAUUUUCCUUACAUCUUAAUUGUUCCUCCUUACCUCGAGUGUAUUCCCAUUAGUCUAUUCGUUUUGCGGUCCUUUCGCGGACCGAUGUGCUAAGCCAACGAUGGACAUGCUCUCCCAGCCGAGCAUCAACCAUCUACCCAUCGAACUACUCUCCUCCAUACUUGUACUCUGGUCCGUGGUUGAUGAAGAUGCUCCGUGGAUGGCGUCAUGCGUUUGCCACGAGUGGCGGCGCAUCGUCCUGGCGUGCCCGAUGGCCUGGAGCAACGUCUCGUUGAUACUCAAGGGGCCACACGAACCCACACUAGAAGAUCGUGCAUGGUGCAUCGAGGAAGAAGACGUAGAAGCUGCACUUUCACCCCGUGACAAGCGGCGUCCGCUCGACCUGUGGUUCGCGCGCAGCUGCAACGCGGACCUGGCGCUCACCAUUCUCGUGGAGCAGACGCAUCCUCACAUCGAGUUCCGCAUCGAAGAGUGCAUUCGAAUUCUGGAAUGCCACGUAAAUCGACUACGCUUCUUCUCACUACAAGUCGAGUCCGUCUAUCUCGCCGAGUCACUGUUCAGCAUACUCCCGAGGAUGGAUCUGCAUACACUUGAGCUAUGCAUUCAGGAGACGUCGCUGCCUCGCUCCUUUCGCGGCACACAUCUAAGUGCAGAAGGAUAUAGUGUGCCUGCCCUAUGGGACUCGGUAUGCGGUGCCCGCCAUAUUGAGGUCCAUGGCUGCACUCCGCCUCAACGCCGACCCGAAGAGGCGAGCAAGACACUCGCCCUACAAGUAACCGCGACUCUAGUGUCUCCUCGGCAACUUGCUUCCUUGCUGGCAGACCAUCAUAACCUGACUGUGCUCGAUGUCAGCGACAUAGAAACCAUCUCUGGAGAAGAUGCUCCGAACGGGACUGUCGUCUUGCCGUCCCUGACGCGGCUGACGGUAGAGCACAACUACAUGCGCUUCCUCACGAACGUGUUCGGGUGGCUCAGGGCUCCGGCUCUGACACACUUAGCCAUUGGGAACCUCGGGAUCAGCGAGCUUGCAUGGAAGAUGUCGCUGCUGCAACACGCCGAGACAUCGUUCGAAGCCACCGCAGAGUACGGCAAGGCCCUCGCACGGUUCGUCGGGCACUGUCCGUCUCUGGAAUCCCUGCGCAUCUCCCGCUCCGGCAUACAUGACCGCCAUCUCGCCGACGUCCUCGGCGGCGCACCCUCGCUCGGCGAGCUACGAGUCGAACAGUGUCUUGUCGGCACGCCCCUUCUGCGGGCCUUGACGGUGCCCGUGCCAGCCUCGCCUUCCAGUGCAGACAGAGACAAGCCUGUGAUCUGUCCGAACCUGCGGCGCCUCGACUUUUACAAGUGCGACUUGGUUCUCGGCGAGCAUCUCGUCGCCCUCGUGCAAAGCCGCAACCGUGCAGGCUCGCAGACACAACGCAUCACGGACGUCCACACGCUGCGUUGCCCGAACGUCUCGGUCAGGCAUGUACACGAACUUAUCCACGCACUGCAGCUACCCUUAGCCUUGAAGCACUAGCACUUUUGUAAUGUAGAUCCCAUUGUAAUCAUGCAAUAAAUGUACAUGAUAGCUAUAUAGCAAGACUUGUGGUGGGUUUUGUGACGUUGGGACGCUGGCGCAUGCUCGAACCCUGGAAGGCCUACCU